AUGAUGGUGAGUAGAUUAGUAUUUGCAGUUUUCCUAGGGAACUGUCUCUGCGUGCUUCUCCUGUCUAGCUUUACCGAUGCAAAUGAGGCCAACGUUAACUGCUUAAAGACCAUAUAUAACCAAGUUAAGGAUCCAAAUGGAUACUUAACGAGCUGGGUGUUUGGCAACAAGACUGCUGGUUACAUCUGCAAGUUCACUGGUGUGACUUGCUGGCAUGAUGAUGAGAACAGGGAUCCAAAUGGAUACUUAACGAGCUGGGUGUUUGGCAACAAGACUGCUGGUUACAUCUGCAAGUUCACUGGUGUGACUUGCUGGCAUGAUGAUGAGAACAGGGUUUUGAGUAUUAAGCUCGGUGGUUUGGGUCUCACUGGAGAGUUCCCUGUUGGGAUUAAGAAUUGCACUGAUCUUACAGCUCUAGAUCUUUCUAGAAACAACUUCUCUGGUCCUUUACCAUCCAACAUAACCUAUUUCAUUCCACUUGUUACAACUCUUGACCUCUCUUACAAUCAAUUCUCUGGUCCGAUCCCUCCCAGUAUCUCAAACAUUACCUUUUUGAACUCUCUUUUCCUUCAGAAUAACCGGUUCACUGGCACCCUUCCUGCCGAGCUUGUCCUGCUUGGUCGGCUCACUAAGUUCUCUGUGGCUGGCAAUAGUCUCACUGGUCCUAUCCCAAAGUUCAAUGUAACUAUGUUGAAAAUUGGGAUGGGUGACGUUGCUGAUAACCAAGGCUUGUGUGGUACGCCUCUGGAUCCAUGCAAGGGUCCUGCUAACCCUCGUGUUAAAAUUGUUGUUAUAGCAGCAGUUGGUGGACUGUCUGUGGCAGCACUAGUCGUUGGAGUUGUUCUGUUCUUCUACUUCCGAAGGUUGGCUGUUGUUAGAAAGAAGUUGAGGGAUGAUCCUGAAGAAAACAGAUGGGCUAGGAUCUUGAAAGGACAGAAAGGCGUUAAGGUUUUCAUGUUUAAAAAGUCAGUUUCAAAGAUGAAGUUAAGUGAUCUCAUGAAGGCAACAGAGGAGUUCAAGAAAGAUAACAUCAUUGGUAAAGGAAGAACAGGAACUAUGUACAAAGGAGUACUUGAAGACGGGACUCCUCUUAUGUUACAUCCCUCAGAUGUUGAUGAAUCUUUCAAGCCUAUGGACUGGCCUACAAGGCUGAAGAUAGCUAUUGGCGCUGCAAAAGGACUAGCGUGGCUUCACCAUAGCUGCAACCCGAGGAUCAUCCACCGCAACAUAAGCUCAAAAUGCAUAUUGUUGAAUGCAGAUUUUGAGCCGAAGAUCUCAGACUUCGGUCUAGCGAGGCUGAUGAAUCCCAUUGAUACCCAUUUAAGCACAUUUGUAAAUGGGGAGUUUGGUGAUUUCGGUUAUGUUGCUCCAGAGUACUCAAGAACCAUGGUGGCAACUCCUAAAGGAGAUGUAUACAGCUUUGGUGUUGUGCUUUUAGAGCUGGUAACGGGGCAAAGAGCAACUAGUGUGACAAGAGGAUGUGAAGAAGAAGAUAGGGAAGAAAGCUUCAAGGGUAACCUUGUGGAAUGGAUUACAAAGCUAUCAAGUGAGUCAAAACUUCAGGAAGCUAUUGACAGGUGUUUAGUUGGGAAUGGUGUGGAUGAUGAGAUAUUCAAAGUGCUUAAAGUGGCAUGUAACUGUGUUUUACCGGAAGUAGCAAAGCAGAGGCCUACCAUGUUUGAAGUGUAUCAGUUUCUGAGAGCUAUUGGAGAGAGCUAUAACUUCACCACUGAAGAUGAUAUCUUAGUUCAAUCUGAAUCAGGAGAAGGUGAUUUCAUUGAAGAAAUGAUAGUUCGUUGA